AUGGGGCAAGAUCAAGCUAUGGACAGAAGACACUCGACGGAAGAAGAUCAACGAUUAACAAAGAUAGCUUCUGCGAUCUACACGAUUAAAGAGACUGUAAACGCCGAUCGAGGACAUGAUCAACCUAGCGAAGCGAUCGGAGAUGUAAGGGAAAUCGCAACGGACGAGAUCAGACGUGUAGAAGCUGAUCUGUUUCAUAAACGGUCCAGCUAUCAGUCAGGCGCGAUCGAAAUGAGAGAUGGUGAAUUUCAAGGACAGGCCGAUCAAUUAGUCGAAGACUGCAAAGUGAUGAAGAUCGACACACUCGCGGACGAUGAGAUCGUGAGACCUCCGACAGGGAUCGAUGUGAUCGAAACAGGGUACGAGAGUGAUCGAGGUAGAGAUAGACCGAGGCAGGCAGGACAGAAGUCGGGCGACAUUGAAGAUAACAGGUAUGAGGUAACAGAUCCUGUCCAUAAACAGUCCAGCCGUCAGCCUGACAGGAUUAAGAGUGAAGAUUGUGAGUUACAAGAUCAGGUGGAUAAACGGACGAAAAAAAUGGACUGCACCAAGACCGACGAAGAGACGACUAAAGAUGAGUUGACGCCAUCACCGAUGUAUCACCACGAUGCCGGCGAACUGUUCGCAGAAGAUGUGGAUCAAAACCUGGCUGUUCUUCCCGAAGUCGUUACGCCUACACAAGAUAUAACGAUCGAUGAUAUCCAAGUAGGUGAUCCCGGCAUUCCAAUAACCGAAGAUCAAGAGAAAUUACGACAAAUGAUUUGA